AUGACAUUCACGUUCAACUCAGUGGUACAACCACCAGAACCUCCAGACAAAAGAGGAGAUAGUGAUAAUCAUGCCAAUGGAAAAGUAGUGAAAGAGAUGGUAUCUUUUAGAGAUAAAUUGCUGGGUAAUCAAAUCUUAGCAGAAAGAGAAAAAGUGGAUCUUUUAGCAACAAACAAAGCAAAGGUUGAGCUUGUUCAAGGGAAUAGGCUUAUGCCCAUGCUCCAUGUUAAAAAUUCUGUGAUUGAUGAACUCAGUGAACCAUGGAAGGAUGCUCUUAUUGUGAAACUAUUGGGAAAAUCCUUGGGUUACAACACCAUGAAGGCUAAACUUGAGAUUGUGUGGAAACUCACAGGAGGUUUUGAAUUGAUGAACGUUGGUAACUCUUACUACAUGGUUAAGUUUGAUGGGAUGGAAGACAAAAAUAAAGUGAUUAAUGGAGGUCCUUGGAUCAUCUCUGAUCAUAUUUUGGCAGUGAGUCAAUGGUCUCCAACAUUCAACGCCACAACUGCAACGAUAGACAAAACUGUGGUCUGGAUCCGAAUACCGAGUUUAAAUCUUGUUUAUUAUGAUGAGAGCCUUCUUUGGGCGCUGGGAUCUAUGGUCGGUACUCCUAUCAAAUGUGGAUGCUACGGCCACGUCUUGCAAGAUUGUUCAAUGAAAAAAAAAAACAGUGUACCGACGGAGAAAAUGAAAAAUUCCGACGAAGUUGACGGCGUCGGAGGUGCUACUGUUACCGGAGAAAAAUCGGUGGAAAAAGAAAACGUAAAUCAUAGAGUGAUUAAUGUUGAGAUCUCUGCUAAUUGGGUUCAAUACGUUGGGGAAUUAAUACCUGAUUUAUUGCAUGGAGAAUGGAUUAAAGUUGAGAGAAGAAAUAGGAACAAGCAAAUGAAUGCACGCGGUUUUAAUGGACAGGCUGGUAUUGGAGGGGCUCAAGGGAUUAAUUUCCGGCGAGCUCUUAAUAACUUUUGCAGGAAGAACAAAGUUGACAUAAUAGCCUUACAAGAGACACGUUGUAGUGGGACUACUGCCAAAAAGACAAUUAAGAAGUUGGGUUUCAAAAAUCAUGUUAUGGCUGAAGCAAUAGGCUUCUCUGGGGGUAUUUGGUUAAUGUGGAACAGGUCAGACAUUCAAGUCCAGUUAAUUCAAAAUGACUUUCAUUUUCUUCAUGUGCAGGUAAGUGAGAAAGAUAUGGAACCAUGGCUUCUUACGGUGGUUUAUGCUAGCCCACGAGAGAAUGAGAGACAAGAUACUUGGCAAUUAUUCAAACAGCUUGCUACUUCUAUCAACACACCGUGGCUUAUGAUGGGAGAUUUCAAUGAAAUUGCUUAUCCUAAUGAGAAGAAAGGAGGAACACGUUUUACUUGGAGAGGUCCCAAGUGGAAUGGGAGGGAUAGAGUUUUCAAGAAACUUGACCGUGUCCUUUGUAAUGUUGAUUGGAGACUGAAGUACCACGAGGGUUUUGCUAAGGUUCUGCCGAGAGUUCAAUCUGAUCAUCAUCCCAUUAUUGUGUUCCUUAAUGGGGAGGCUACUACUAAUAGAAAUCGCCCCUUCCGCUUUGAGACAGCAUGGACUUCCCAUGAUGAUUUCAAUGAUUUUCUUCAUUCAAAGUGGGAGAAAGAUAGAGAUAUUGUGCAAAGCCUUCACAAUCUUACAACUCAUCUCAAAAAGUGGAAUAAAGAGACUUUUGGAGAUAUCUUCAAAAGAAAGAAGGAGAUUCUGGCAAGACUUAACGAGAUUCAAAAUAGUUCCAACUAUGGUUACAUCACAUUUCUUGAGAAGUUGGAAAAAGAAUUACAAGAUCAACUCGUUGUUACCCUUUAUCAUGAAGAGUGCCUCUGGUUUCAAAAAUCUAGAAGUCAGUGGAUCACAGAUGGAGAUCGAAAUACGAAGUAUUAUCAUUCCAAAACCAUUGUCAGAAGGAGACGCAACAAAAUCAUUUCUCUGCGCAAUGAGGAUAGAACUUGGGUUGAUGAUCCAGAAAGAUUAAAAGAUUUGGUUCGAAAGUUCUUUAUCAACUUAUUUAAAGAGGAUGAAGAGGUUCAUGAUCCAAUUAUUUCUUGGACUACUUACCCAACGAACAUGGAAGCUCACCAUAAUGCCUUAAGUGCCACAAUCCAGUUUGUUGAAUGUAAGGAAGCUCUUUUUGAUAUGGGGCCUAUGAAAGCUCCUGGAGAGGAUGGUUACCCUGCCUUAUUUUUUCAACAAUGUUGGGACACUGUGGCCGACUCUCUUUUUCAGUAUGUUAAUCAGGUUUGGGUUAAUCCUUCUCUCAUCUCUUCGAUUAAUAAUACUUUGCUUGUGUUAAUUCCUAAAGUUGAUAGGCCUGAAUUUGUUUCUCAAUUUCGUCCAAUAGCUUUGUGUAAUGUUGUCUAUAAAAUUAUCACUAAGGUUAUUGUGAAUAGAAUUAAGCCUAUGUUGGAUGGGAUCAUAUCUCCUUACCAAUCCAGCUUCAUCCUAGGACGCACCAUUCAUCAUAACAUCAUAGUAGCUCAGAAAAUGGUGCAUUCUUUGACUAAGAUGAAAGGUAAUAAGAUGUUUAUGUCCAUUAAAAUUGACCUUGAGAAGGCUUAUGAUCGUCUUAAUUGGAAAUUUGUGGAAAAUUGUCUAGAUUAG